AUUAUAAACAAAUAAUAUGGAAUACUAUUCUAAGUCUAUGGGUAAAUUAAUUAAAUUACACCUUCGUAAACGGUAUACACAUCUCGAGUAUAUUUAAAGAAUAAAGAUUCACAAGAAUGUAUGUAUUGUAUUGUAUGUAAUGUAUUGCUUAGAUGACUGCGUUAGAUGCAUACAUAAACAAAAUGAAUCGUAUUGGGCUAUUUAUCCGUAAAAGUGAAGUGAAAAUGGAUUUUUACUUUAUUUAUUGUUAGAAUGCUGACGAAUUAUGAAAAAAAUAAGAAAAUAAAUCUGGAUAUUACGUCUAUAUACUAUAACGUAAAUCUAAAUGCUCAUAGAAGUACGUAGGUACUAGAUAGUAAUUUAUUUGAGUUCAUAACAGUAUAAAUAGUGCCUUUGCUUAGCUUUGAGGAAAAUAAAUAAAAAAAAAUAACGGCGCGAAUUUUAAAUUUUCGUUCGGUAUUAUGUCAACGAAAAUUGGAAAAAUCAAUAGCUCGUAUGAAGAAUUGAUAGAUUCCCAUUGCUUCGGAAUAACCUAUCUACCUGCCUGAUUUUCUAAAAUAUUAAAUAUUUCCAGUACGUUGUUUUCAUUCUAAGAUCAUGAUUAUGAAAUACGCUAUACUUUCACAAACAAAAGACUUAAUGCCCACUUUGGGUUUGGGAACUUGGCAGGCGCCCCCUGAUGUAAUAGAAAAUGUCGUGUAUAAUGCAUUGGAGUUAGGAUAUAGACAUAUUGAUACAGCAUUCAAUUAUAAUAAUGAACAAGCUAUUGGUAAUGCUAUUAAAAAAUGGCUAAAUGAUGGGAAAGGAACAAGAAAAGAUAUUUUUAUAACUACUAAGCUACCUCAUGUUGGAAAUAGAGCUUCUGAUGUGAAGAAGUUUUUGGAGCUACAACUAAAAAUGUUACAAUUAGAUUAUGUGGACUUGUAUUUAAUACAUGUUUCAUUUGGUUUUCACUGUGACCCUGAAAAAUUUACCCCAUUGGUGAAACCUACAGGGGAAUAUGAAUUAGAUAUGGAAACAGACCACAUUGCUACCUGGAAAAAAAUGGAGGAAUGCCAGAAAGAAGGACUUAUACACAACUUAGGAUUAUCAAACUUCAAUGAGAUUCAAAUAGCAAAAAUCAUAAAAGAGGCAACAAUAAAGCCUCAAGUGCUGCAAGUGGAGCUACAUGCAUAUUUCCAACAGUUAAAACUCCGAAAGUUCUGUGAAGAAAAUGAUAUAAUCGUUACAGCUUAUGCGCCACUGGGUAGCCCUGGAGCCAAGGAUCAUUUUGUCAACAAAUACAAUUAUAGUCCCGAUACAUUUCCUGACUUACUGGGACAUCCUGAAGUGAAAGCUAUUGCUGAUCACCAUGGUAAAACAACUGCGCAAAUAUUACUUCACUUUCUCGUCAAACAGAAAAUUACUGUUAUUCCUAAGAGUACCAGUGAAAAUAGACUAAAGGAGAAUAUGGACAUAUACGAUUUUGAAUUGACACCAGAAGAAAUGAACAGCAUGAAGAAGUUAGAUAAAGGUGAAAAGGGACGUAUAUUUAACUUCCUAUUUUGGAAAGGUGUCGAAAAUCAUCCAGAAUACCCAUUUAAGUUGUCUGAUGAUAAAGAUUAAAGUUUAGACCAGCUGAAGUUUAUUCAAUAUUCUAGUCACUACCUCUAGUUUAAUCACUACCUCUGAAUAAAUUAAUAAUUCAUAUUAGAUAUAUUAUGCAACAAUUAUGGUCUCAAGACUAGCGGAACUGCUUAGCUUUAAAAUUGAUCAGUUCAACUGAUUUAAAAAAAUGUUAUUGUGCUUUAUUUUAGGCUACAAUGUUAUGUAAGUUUUGAAUUUAUAAUAAAU